AUGCCUGAGCAGAGUAACGACUACCGGGUGGUGGUGUUCGGAGCCGGCGGGGUGGGGAAGAGCUCGCUCGUCCUUCGAUUUGUUAAGGGCACCUUCAGAGACACCUACAUCCCCACAGUGGAGGACACCUACACACAGGUGAUCAGCUGUGAUAAGAGCGUCUGCACGCUGCAGAUCACCGACACCACCGGCAGCCACCAGUUCCCCGCCAUGCAGCGCCUGUCCAUCUCCAAAGGCCACGCCUUCAUCCUGGUCUACUCCAUCACCAGCCGCCAGUCGCUGGAGGAGCUGAAGCCCAUCUACCAGCAGAUCUUAGCCAUCAAAGGCAGCGUGGACUCCAUUCCCAUCAUGCUUGUGGGCAACAAGAGCGACGAGACGGGCCAGCGGGAGGUGCAGACCAAGGACGGGGAGGCCCAGGCCGCCGCCUGGAAGUGCGCGUUCAUGGAGACGUCGGCCAAGACCAACACCAACGUGAAAGAACUGUUCCAGGAGCUGCUGGCGCUGGAGAAGAAGAGGGACAUGAGCCUGAGCAUCGACGGCAAGCGCUCGGGGAAACAGAAGCGAGCCGACAAGCUGAAGGGGAAGUGCAGCGUCAUGUAA